CUUGUGUGCUAUAUAUAAUAAUGUAUGUACAUGUACGGAGUACAUUGCAUCGAAUUAGGAAUGGAUAGCUGCACAUGUCAGGUGCUUGGUGUCAGACGUCAGCCGCAACUUUUGCCCUACACCUUCCUCCUCUCCAGCACACAACCUCAACAUCCACAACUGGACUGGAAAUGUGAAGAAUUGGAGAUAUAUACAUACUUAUAUAAUAAAUACACUGCUCUGCGUGUCUUUUAUUUGCCGUUCUGCUUAAUGAGCAGCUAUUUUUCCUCUUACUUGUCCGAAUCACUGCUCCGGAGAGCCCGCCAACUACAAGGAUCGCUCUCAGAUCCUACAGAUGCGGGGCCAGAAACCCAGCAAACUGGCCCAGAAACGGAGGAACUUAGAGGUGGGAUAGUUGGUGCUGACAUGGCCGAUCCUAAUCGCUCGAUUGAGGGAAGCCACAUACCCAGCCAAAAUGAGGUUUCCAUUGCUAUCUCGGAGGACGUAUCGCAUUCCUCGACUACCCCUCAUCAUGAAAACGCCUACGCGGAUCUUCGUUCCGAGAUUGGUGUGAGCCAGCUAUCGCCCUCACUUCUCCAUUUUCCGGUAGAAUCGCAUGCUGCGGUCCUAGAAGACAUGGACGGUACCGCUGGGCGGCAUUCCGCGGACUCAAAUAAUAGAGCCAGGCAAACUCCAACUCCAAGGUCAGGGCCUGUUCUUAUGGAUUCUUCGUCCAAUUCCCUGUUGAACCUUAGGAGAGAAGAUAGGGAACGAACUAGAGAUCUCGACGAAAGGAGCGGCGGCCAGAGUGACCCAUAUGUUGUCAACGAUUUCAACUGGAAUGGGAAAGCCAUAUCAACAUUGCCGGAGGAUGAUGGAAUGCAGUCCUUGAGAGAAAGGAUACACAAUAUUCGGGAUGCAAAGGUUUCUAAUGCGGAAAAGGCCAGGUUGAUUCAUGCCCUUAUGACGGAGAAUUAUAAUUCAUCUCUGAACAAAAGGUAUGGCCAGUCACGUUCGCCUGGAAGCUCUCGCGAUCAAGAGCGGCCGUGGACUCCUGUUUCGCAUGGCAAACGAUCUUCAGGGCACUUUACCGCGACUCCUACCUCGGUCACGUCUGCUGCUUCACUCGAGUUGUCCUAUCAUCUCACUGAUGAUGAUCUACGACCUAGCUAUGCACCUCGACAUGAGUCAUCAUCUGAUCUUACUGCUGAGAGCAUCAUUUCGUUUCCGAAAGAAAUCGCGAAUGACGACGCAGUGGAAGAGGAUAAUCUCCAACUGGGUUGUCAACAUUACAAGAGGAGAGUAAAGCUUCAAUGCUUCACAUGCAAGUGCUGGUACCCUUGCAGAUUUUGCCACGACCAAGCAGAAGAUCACGUUUUAAUUCGAAGAGCGACUCAAAACAUGCUCUGCAUGGUUUGUAGCACUCCGCAACCGGUCGCGCAAUGGUGUAAAUCGUGCGGUGUCCAGGCCGCUUGUUACUACUGCUCGGUUUGCAAGCUCUGGGACAACGACAGCCAGAAAAGCAUUUACCACUGCAAUGACUGCGGGAUUUGUCGUAUUGGUCAAGGUAUUGGCAAGGAUUACUAUCACUGCAAGACGUGCUCUGUCUGCAUACCUAUCUCUAUCCAGCAGACCCAUAGAUGUAUCGAAAGAUCAACGCAGUGUGACUGUCCAAUCUGUGGUGAAUAUAUGUUCACCUCUCCAGAGACUGUCAUAUUCAUGAAGUGCGGCCAUAGCAUCCAUCAGAAAUGCUUUUCCCAAUACUCAAAAACGUCCUAUCGAUGUCCUAUUUGCAGCAAGACUAUUGCAAAUAUGGAGGCACACUUCAGAAGCCUAGAUCGUACAAUCAAUGACCAGCCAAUGCCACCGGACUUUAGGGAUACAAGAGCUCUUAUAUCUUGCAACGACUGUUCCGCGAAAUCUGCUGUUCACUACCACUGGUUGGGUUUGAAAUGCGAAAUAUGUUACUCGUACAACACAAUGCAGAUACGUCUCCUCACUGCUGGCGAUCACAAUGAUCAGAACACCCACAGUCAUGAAACCAAUGGAGCCCGGGACAUAUCCCGUAACAUUUCCAUACCAAUUCGCUUGACCAGAUUGCCGCAAAGCUCUGACACCCAAGCACUGGCCGAAAGUACUCUGCUGUCAACUAUGUCAAGGUCAGUCCCGGCAAACGAUCCCAAUCCCAGCCUUGGGACCCCUCAGCCUGCGGACCAAACAGCAAGCUAUCGUCGAUCCUUUUCCACUAUACCUCCACGAACUGUCCCUGCAGUGAUCGGGAAUUAUUUCGGCCUUCAUCGCCGGAGCGAUUCGGUAUGGUCGAUUUCGAAUCCUCGUAGUGAUGAGAAUAAGAACACAGCAACCAAUAACGAUAACGAUGACAUCGACUUUUGGGGUAGUAAAGCUUUCAGGCCUACGUUCGGGAUAUUUGGGGAUGGAAAGGACGAUGACGAAGUGGUAAUACUGGAAGAUGAAAGUGAAAGCAUCGAUGGCUCGGAUGCCUCUGAUGAUGACGAACAUCAAGAGGAUACAGACGAGGAGGAUGAAAGCGACAUUGAUGAAAUAGACAUAUUCGGCCAUCGCUAAAUGAAUGCGACCGGGAGAACUCACCUGACUUGGGUUUUUUUUUUUUUUUUUUUUUUUUUCUACGGCUGAAAGAGAAAACCGAAAACCACAACUUGGCUGGGUAGCUUUAUUACUUGGAACUGCUGUUUACGAUCGACGAGAACGAACGGUAGAAUUCGCUCUGCAGUGACAGAUAUCGCACUCCAUUUUCUCCCCACAUCAAACCACCUCCUUUACCUGCCAAUAGCAUCAAUUCGGCCAUUGUCCCGUUCAGGUUUUGGAUAACUUAUAUCCAUAUAUAUAUAUAUAUAUAAGACCAAUUCACGGAGUCGUCGUUUCCCUUUCAGGUCAAAGGGAAAACGUCAAAUACAAUAACUUACAUGCAUGGCCCACACUAACCAUGCAUAUAUUCACUACUUACAUAUGCAUACAUAAAUUUAUGGCAUAGCUUCUAGCCUUGGAUAUAUAGUACAACAGAGCUGUAUUCUCAAGCUCAUUAUCGUUAUAAUUACUACCAUCCUUUACGGCCUGUCGCCGGAAGUCCUCGCUCCCACGGCCGAAAGCGCCCGCGCACACACCUAUAUAUGCGCCGUACAAUCCUUGUUCCGAGACCUAAAGUGAUUUUUGCGAGGACUUUACUUCCCCAGAAAGGAGCGAGUGGGUGAGUGGGCGGGUGGAACGGAUUGGGACAGGAGAGUUGGUGGGAUAGCCACGCCCGGCGGCGGGGUGGAGGCGGGGGCGGAUGGAGAGAGGUUGGGAAGCGGGGAAAUGCCCGGGUAGGAAGGGCUUUCAUUAUGUAUUUACAUUCAUGCGGGUUUUUCCCUGUUGAUAUUAUUUUUCCGCAUUGGUUAUAUUGAUUUUACAUUACUUUGUAUUCCUUGCUGGUUGUUUCUUGCUUGGGUGCGUUCUUGCUUUUAGGCACGUUAGCCUCUGGCUGCCUACGGAUUCUCCCGUGUUGAUUAAUACGGUGAUGAGUCGAGAGGUGGAAAUAAGACAACUUGCAAAUAUUCUUGGAUGGGGUUUUUUAUACAUAUAGGUUAGAAAUGAUUAACGAAAUGAUUAACUGUGCACGU